AUGUCUGACCGGCUCGAGAUCAAGCCAGAAAAGCUCAAACCCACCAAAAAUCCACUACUAGGGUUCGAUAGGAAACGGGUGGAGCCCAUUGGUAUGGUGGAAUUGACAGUACAAGCUGCUGAAAGAGUUCUGACAGAGAGUUUUGUGGUCGUUGAGAUCCAUCCAUCUUAUAAUCUCUUGAUGGGAAGGGGGUGGGUUCACAGGGUCCAGGGUGUUCCAUCAACUCUGCAUCAAGUGAUGAGAUGUUUGGGUCUAGAUGGGAACAAGGUGAUUGAUAUUUAUGGAGAUCAAGUCGCGGCCAAGGAGUGUUAUUCUGUAACUUUGAAGUCUACUAGAAAGGGAAAAGCUCCCAUCCAUUCUGCUAGCCCAAGAUAG